UGUUUUGAUACCGAGAAAGUAGUAUUGAAGCUCACGAUUUCUUUACUUCUAAUGACGACACUUUGUGCUCUGUAGCUUGACUUUUUUGUAUGCUGACAAAAUAAUCACGGCAGAUUAUUAAGUACUUGUUCUCGACUAAGGACCGUUCUAACUAAUUUCACCAUGAAGAGACAAGCUGAGAAAAGGGAGGACAAAGAUGCAACUGGAGAGUGUGAAGAUUAUGUGAUAGGACAGCUGUCCGGCAGCUUGUUCCCAAAGAAGCAGUCCACAGAAGCCACUUCACUAUCAUCUUUGUUCUCUACUGAAGCGUCAAAGAACACUCUGGUUUUUGUUCCUGCACCAAAACCUCAGAAGAAGACUACAGAUACAGUAAACAAGCCUGUUCAAGGAAGACUCAAUGAAGAAGUUAAAGAACAAAAGAGGACGAAAAAGGAAAAGUCAGCGGCAGAACUUAAAGUACAGGACAGGGAAAGUGCCUUACAGAAUGCAGAUGAAGAGGAUUUCACAAGGAAUCCGAAGAAAACAAAACGGAAAGCCACAGAAACAGAGGAUGAAGAUACAAUGACAAUGCAGCAACAGACCAAAAGGCGCAAAACUGCUGCAGACAUGGCGGAAGAAAGAAUAAAGAUGAAAAGGACUGUGUUUGUUGGCAACUUGCCAGCCAGCUGUAGCAAAAAGGCUCUGAAGAUGAUCUUCAAGGAACAUGGGACCAUUGAGUCUAUCCGAUUUCGCUCAGUAGUUCGGGAAGAUCCCUCAAUGUCACGCAAAUUAGCUGCUAUUCAACGCAAAGUUCAUCCUAAAAAGCAAAACAUCAACGCUUAUAUCGUCUUCAAAGAGGCGGAAGGAGCAGCAAAUGCAUUGAAAAAGAAUGGGCAUGAGAUUGAGAGAGAUUUUCAUAUCCGAGUUGACAGAGUCUCCCAAAAUCAAACACACGAUCAUAAGAGGUCCAUAUUUGUAGGCAACUUGCCAUAUGAUAUAACGGAGCUUCCAUUUCGACAGCACUUUGAAGAGUGUGGCACGGUGGAGGCAGUGCGUUUAGUGAGGGAUAAAGACAGUGGUAUGGGAAAGGGCUUUGGUUACAUUCUGUUUGAGAGUCCUGACGCCGUAAUGCUUGCUCUGAAGAUGAAUGGCUCCACACUGCUUGAUAGGAAAAUAAGAGUGAAAAGGUCCGUGAAGAAGGAGAAGGUCAAACAUGACAAAGGCCACGGUAAAGGUCCAGGAGGGAAAGCUGCUCAGGGAAAAGAUGCAAAAAGCAGCCGGAGGGAGAAGGGACUAAAAAGGGGGGGCUGUAAAGGCCAGCCUAAACGGGGACCUCCAGGAAAGCCCUUCUGGAAAAACCCGAGCAAAGCUCAGCGGUCAUCUUCGUUUAAGGGCGAGAUGGCUGACGCUACUGCCAAAAGAGGAAAAGGACUGAAAAAGAAAUUUAAACAGAAGAAACACAAGACUGUCCACCAUUGACAUGGCGGUUCACAGGCACCGCCUGCUCCAUUGUUGUUAACCAGGUAUUAGCCAGGUUAAAUUACUGUUGGUAGCCUGGCUGUAAUUUUCAAAUUCAGCUCAGGCGGUAUGUAAAACUGGUGUCACAAACAGAAUCCAAGACUCUCAGUACACGUCA